GUACACAAGCCAUUUGCGAUGUUUCAAAUCAUAUUCCAAGCUGCGCUUGCCCAGACGGAUAUUCAGGCGAUCCAUUUGUUUCGUGUCGAUAUGAGGCUCGUGAUCCUGUGGUAGAACCAUGUAAUCCGAAUCCAUGUGGAUUGAAUUCCAUUUGUCGUGUUUCAAAUGGAGCGGCUGUAUGUACUUGUCAACCAAAUAUGAUCAGUUCACCACCAAAUUGUAGACCUGAAUGUGUUAUUUCCGCCGAAUGCGGUUUGCAAGAGACUUGUGUAAAUCAAAAAUGCGUCAACCCUUGCAUCGGAACUUGCGGUCAAUUUUCUCAAUGUCAAGUCAUAUCACACAGGCCAAUUUGUAGCUGUGCUCCAGGCUAUACAGGCGAUGCAUUUACUCGAUGCUUUAAACCACUUCCACCACCAGUACAACCAAAUGAGAAUCUUUGUAUCCCGAACCCUUGUGGUCCUCACUCCGAAUGUAAAGUGAUCAAUGAGAGUCCAGCGUGUUCAUGUCUACCUGGCUACCUUGGCUCUCCGCCAACAUGCCGCGUAGAGUGCUCAAUAAAUAGUGAAUGUCCUGCCAAUCGUGCUUGUAUGAAUCAGAAAUGUGUAGACCCUUGCCCAGGAAGUUGUGGAAUCAAUGCAAGAUGCGAAGUGAUCAAUCAUCGACCAGUGUGCACGUGUGACACACAAUACAGUGGAGAUCCAUUCCAAGGCUGUUCGCUGGAUCGAGCUCCAAUUCCUGUUGAACAUUUGACUCCCUGCAUUCCAAGUCCAUGCGGUACAAAUGCCGUUUGUCGCGAAGAAAAUGGCGUGGGUUCAUGCCAAUGUAUACCCGAACACUUUGGCAAUCCAUAUGAAUAUUGUCGUCCGCAAUGUUUAUGGUCCAGUGAUUGUACAACGAAUAGAGCAUGUGUUCGGAAUAAAUGUCAAGAUCCAUGCCCCGGUGCCUGUGGAAGCAAUGCAGAUUGCAGAGUUGUCAACCAUUUGGCAUCUUGUAGUUGUCGAAUUGGUUACACAGGCAAUCCUUACAGUAGUUGUCACUUUAUUGAACACGAUCCGGUUACAGUUGUUGACGAAUGUCAACAAAAUCCAUGCAGCAACAGUUGUAAUCCAUGUGGUGCAAAUAGUCAAUGUCGCGUUAAUAAUGGCAUUUCGAUUUGUACCUGCUUACCCGGUUUCAUUGGUAGCGCACCAGCGUGUAGGCCCGAAUGUAUUUCAUCGCCUGAAUGUAGUCGUGAUAAAGCGUGUGUUAAUCAGAAAUGUGUAAAUCCAUGUGCAAUAAAUGUUUGCGGAACGAAUGCUGAUUGUCGUGUUAACAAUCACAGUCCGAUAUGCACGUGCAGAAACGAUUACACAGGCAAUCCACUGAUCGUUUGCAGUCCAAUUCCAUUAACUUCACAAAAUCCACCUUUAAUUGAAUACGAUGAUCCAUGUUAUCCGAACCCUUGUGGUCUAUACUCACAAUGUCAAGCAUUUGGAAAUUAUCCGCAAUGCUCUUGUUUGCCAGGCUUUUACGGUUCGCCUCCAAAUUGCCAUCAUGAAUGUGUAUUGUCGAGUGACUGUGCGACUAACAAAGCUUGCAUUCGAAACCAUUGUGUUAAUCCCUGUCCCGGCUUGUGUGCCGUUUACGCUCAAUGCAAUGUAAUUAACCAUUUUGCCGUUUGCACCUGUUUUGAAGGAUAUACCGGAAAUGCCUUUGAUAAUUGCGAACCAAUCCCACCGAAAUAUCAAGAUACACAAGAUAACUGCCAUCCAUCACCUUGUGCCCAAAACGCACAAUGUAAUAAUGGAGUGUGUACGUGCCCUCCUGGUUUGAAAGGCGAUCCAUACACUUUUUGUUCUCCAGAAUGUGUUCUUAACAGUGAUUGUGAGAGAGACAAAGCCUGCAUUCAACAUAAAUGUGUAAAUCCUUGUGAAAGUACAUGUUGUGCACCGAACGCAAAUUGUAAUGUUUACAAUCACCUUCCAAUGUGCGUCUGCCCAACUGGAAUGGAAGGAAAUCCAUUCAUUCAAUGCGUUCACCCAAUCGUUCAACAAACUCCAAUCGAAGAAUAUCAUGGCUGUAGACCGUCUCCUUGCGGACCAUACUCACAGUGCAAAGAAGUAAAUGGUCAUGCAGUAUGUUCUUGUCUUCCAAAUUAUGUUGGCUCUCCACCAACGUGCCGAGCUGAAUGCAUAAUUAAUUCAGAUUGUUUGAGCAAUCAAGCAUGUCAGAAUCAAAAAUGUAUCGAC